GCGGCGGCGGCGGGCGCGGGCCGGCUCGGCAUGGCUCUCCUGGUGGUCGGUCUGGUGGGCUGUACCUUCUUCCUCGUGGCGAAUGGCCUCUACUCUUCGAGUGAUGAUGUAAUCGAGUUAACACCGUCAAAUUUCAACCGAGAAGUUAUUCAAAGUGAUAGUUUGUGGCUUGUAGAAUUCUAUGCUCCAUGGUGUGGCCACUGCCAGAGGUUGACACCAGAAUGGAAGAAGGCGGCAACCGCGUUAAAAGGCAUUGUAAAAGUUGGUGCAGUUGAUGCAGAUAAACAUCAGUCCCUAGGAGGUCAGUAUGGUGUCCAGGGAUUUCCCACCAUCAAGAUUUUUGGAUCUAACAAAAACAGACCAGAAGAUUAUCAGGGUGGCAGAACUGGUGAUGCCAUCGUGGAUGCUGCUCUCGGUGUUCUACGCCAGCUCGUAAAGGAUCGCCUGGGAGGCAGGGGUGGUGGGUACAGUUCCGGAAAACAAGGUAGAAGUGAAAGUUCAAGUAAGAAAGAUGUGAUUGAGCUGACAGACGACACCUUUGAUAAGAAUGUUCUUGAUAGCGACGACGUUUGGAUGGUUGAGUUUUAUGCCCCUUGGUGUGGUCACUGCAAAAACCUCGAGCCAGAAUGGGCCGCAGCGGCCACAGAGGUGAAGGAGCAGACGAAGGGAAAAGUGAAGCUGGCUGCCGUGGACGCCACCCAGAACCAGGCUCUCACCAGCCGCUACGGGAUUAGGGGAUUUCCUACAAUCAAGGUGUUUCAGAAAGGCGAGUCUCCCGUGGAUUAUGACGGGGGACGAACAAGAUCUGACAUCGUUUCUCGGGCCCUCGAUUUGUUUUCUGAUAACGCACCCCCUCCUGAGCUGCUUGAGAUCAUCAGCGAGGACGUGGCCAAGAAGACGUGUGAGGAGCAUCAGCUCUGCGUUGUGGCCGUGCUGCCCCACAUCCUGGAUACCGGAGCUGCAGGCAGAAAUUCUUACUUGGAUGUUCUUCUGAAGUUGGCGGACAAAUACAAAAAGAAAAUGUGGGGGUGGCUGUGGACAGAAGCGGGAGCCCAGUCUGAACUGGAGAACGCCCUGGGAAUUGGGGGGUUUGGCUACCCCGCCAUGGCAGCCAUCAAUGCCCGCAAGAUGAAGUUUGCUCUUCUGAAAGGGUCUUUCAGUGAGCAAGGCAUCAACGAGUUUCUCAGGGAGCUGUCUUUCGGACGCGGCUCUACAGCCCCCGUAGGAGGUGGGGCCUUCCCCCCCAUCAGCGCCAGAGAGCCGUGGGACGGCAAGGACGGCGAGCUUCCCGUGGAAGACGACAUCGACCUCAGUGACGUGGAGCUGGACGACUUGGAGAAAGACGAGUUGUGAGAGGCUCGGCGUAGACCUCAGUUUUCUUUUCUUGGGAGCGAGCUUUUCCAGCAGUGAAGGAACAUUCUUAGAAUCAGUGAGUCUACCCGCGGCCUUUCAGACCAAGAAGUAGCACUGGACGGGUCGCUUCAAAGCACUGCAACAGCGGACUUGCGCAUCUCAAGAAAACAACGAGAAAUUCUAUGAAUUGUAACCAGCGAAUUGGGUUGUAUUCUGUUGAGUAAUAUUUUGAAGAAAACUGAUGGGCUGUUGAAACAUUUUCCCUCCCUCUGACUGCUGCUUGAAUGUUCUUGGAGGCUGUUUCUUACAUAAGUUUUUUAAUGUGAUUCUUUCAUUUGAAUAUAAUGGCUUUUUUCCAUUUAAGAAUAAAACAAUAUUUUGGACAAUGCCA